GAGGAGCUCUGUGCUGCUGUGCUGGCACUGCCAAGUGCAGCUGCUGGAGAUUGAGGCAUUUUCAGAUUGUUAGCAAUAUCUCCACAAUCGAUUUUACAAAUGUGCGCAGAUUACAAUGAAUGCAGAGCGGUGUUAGGUUUUCUGGAGAGGUGCGAAGGCUAAGAAAACCCCAAUCAUCAUGAGCUAAAAGUAUAGAGAGAGAUUGAGAUUGAUUGAUUGAGAGGUUUGUAUGUCUUUUGACGUCAUAAAACAGUAUUUUGUGAAAAUAAAAUGUCCGACAAGGAAGGUGAAGCACUUUGUUCUGGUGGCGCUGAUCUCCUGGAAAGCAGUGCCAAUCAUGAUGGCCAGCACAUCAUGCAAGGUGAGCAUGAAAUGGAGAACCACCACCUGUACAUCCAUUGUGAACAUGAUUCCCUUGAUAUAAAUGAGGAAAACUAUACUCUGGCAUGCCAGGACUGUGAACAAGAGGAGCACGAGGUGAUGGCAGGGGGCUUGCUUCAUAAAUAUUCAGACUGUGUUGGCGCUUUUCCAGAAUACGCAGUUCCUAAACCAGUGGUGGAGCUCACCGCGGAUCCAUCUAACCACCAGGAUUCCAGGAUAACGAAGGGACAACAGAGCAAGGCCCUGAGCAGACAGUCUCAGAUCCCCCUCAUCACAGUGACCACCUUUAUUUGCGGGGACUGUGGAAAAAACUUUGUAAGGAAGUCAGACUUUGUCGUGCACCGCCGCAUUCACACAGGGGAGAGACCCUAUGAGUGCUCAUUUUGUGGGAAGGGUUUCUAUCAGGCGUCCAUGGUGCGCAGACACGAGCGGACUCACACAGGAGAGAAACCCUACCGCUGCUCAGAGUGUGACAAGUGCUUUGCACGCUCCACCUCCCUCCUGAUACACCAGAACACGCACACCGGGGAGCGUCCCUUCGAGUGUCCCUUCUGCCAGAAGACCUUCUCGGACCCCUCCACCCUGCAGCAGCACCGCAAGGGGCACAUGGGCCUGAAGCCCUUCCUGUGUGGGAUCUGCGGGAAGUCGUUCAGCCAGUCCUCCAGCUACACCUUCCACAAGGCCACCCACACCAACGAGCGGCCCUUCAAGUGCUCCCAAUGCGGGAAGGCCUUCAUCCGCUCCACGGCGCUGCUCAAGCACCGCCAGACCCACGUGCCCAAGUCCUUCAGCUGCGAGGAGUGUGGCAAGACGUUCCCUAAGCUGUCUGGCCUCAGGUCCCAUCAGAGAAUGCACAAGCAAGGCAGAAAAAUCGAGAAGGAGCUGCUGUCCUGCCAGGAACGGAAACUAAGCAGUUUGAACCCUCAAGAUUGCUGUUUUAUAAACCAGCAAGGUUCUAGCUGAUCUAAAGGUGGUCAGGGAUUUUUUUUAAAUUACUUUUCCAAAGGUGGUCAGCUGUUGCUCCAGCUAUGUUUAACUGCUCAACAGCAUACCUUUAAACUGGCAAAUUGAAACCACCCUGUAGGUUAGGAAAAAAUUUGAUAAAAAUACAGAGGGUAUUUAGAUAUAUGAUAUCUAUAGAGUGUUUUAGCAAAAACAGUGUUGGUUAUUCAAAGUACACCAUGCUAAUUUACUGACCAGUAAAAUUAUGACUAAUUACUACUUGCUUUGUAUAAUACAGUAUGUAUAGCACUGCAAAAAAUCAAUUUAACUGAAUGUAUGUGGAUUUGUUUUAAUAUUGUAAAGCUAGUAUUUUGUAGACACAAAUGCCAUUGCAGGUUCCUUCUAAUGUUGACAACACUACAUUGUUUCUAAUAUGUGUUCUCUGUUAUCAUGACGUUCUGGUUACUAGGUCAUCGAGACGCAUGAGUGGCUUCGUCUCUAUACACGUACACAUGCACACAAGACUCAACCCUCAUUGUGCUAGUGUGGAUCACAAGGGAUAGAAGUGCUGCUGGCUUUGUUGACACUAUUUUCAGUACUGGGUAGAUAAACAGACUAGUGGCUUGCCCAUAUGCACUUUAUAGCUGUUAAACCAUAUAUAUAUAUAUAUAUAUAUAUAUAUAUAUAUAUAUAUAUAUAGAUAGAUAGAUAGAUAGAUAGAUAGAUAGAUAUAACUGUAGUGUACAAAAGGCACGUGAAAGAAAAGGUUUUUAAAAAUGUACAGUUUAAAAGAUUAAAAAAAAUCUUGUUUUCAGGAUGUUUCGGGCAAAAUCCCUUCUUCAGCUGUUUAAAAAGAAAAGUAAACAGUGCAGUAAAUUUGCUGUUAUUCAAGAAUUGUAGUUAUACAAAAAUAAUUAUAAAAAUGUGUAUUAUUAAUCAACAAAAUGUUUGUGAAAUGCAUCUUUUGUAUGCUUACAUUGCCACGUGUAUUUACCUUUGUAUGUCUUUGUUUACCGUUCUGUAAUCAUUUUAAAUUAAUUUAAAAAUCCAUUGUUAUAAUAUUAUAGUGCAUUGUUAUGUUCACUUCAGGAUUUGUACAGCAUAAUUGUUUUUUUACGUGGAAAGGAAAACACUGUUCUACAUACUUAAACAACUUUAAGUUCAUUAAAGUCCAUAUCUCACAUAAAAAAUAUUUGUUUUGCUUUGGGGUCGUACUUGGUUUAUUUUCACGAUGAGCAAGAAAUUAAAUCUCCAUGAUGAAUUUUAGAGCACAGUUCA